CUGCAAAAAAUAUUAAAUUUCCCUUUAAAACUUAAAUAACAGACAUUAAUAAAUUCUUCCUGCUGCCUUUUCCUCUUCCCCUUUUUACUGUCACUCUUUCUCAGUCUUCCAUUUUCCAAACACUUUCUCUCUCCUCCUAACUUUUAUAAAUAAAUUCCGGCUGCCAUUUUUAGGUGGCGAAGCUUUUUCAUGGUUCAAACCUUCAAAUGCGAUAAAUUCUCAGAAAUCGAAGCAUCAUCUUCAUCUUUAUCGUCAGAAGACGACGACGACGACGACGAGGAGGUUGCAGGGGAUAUUAGGGUUUGCAAUUGAAGUUAAUUUGUGUGAAUUUUGUUAGUUUGAGGGAGAGAGAUAAUGCCGUUGAAUAGGUAUCAGAUUAGGAAUGAGUAUAGUUUAGCGGAUCCAGAGUUGUAUAAAGUUGCUGAUAAAGAUGAUCCUGAAGCUCUUCUUGAAGGUGUUGCAAUGGCGGGCCUUGUUGGUGUUCUUCGCCAGCUUGGUGACUUAGCUGAGUUUGCUGCUGAAAUUUUCCAUGACUUGCAUGAAGAAGUUAUGGCUACUGCUGCUAGAGGUCAUGGUCUGAUAGUUCGUGUCCAGCAACUAGAAUCUGAUUUCCCCUCAAUUGAAAGGACACUUCUCUCCCAAACCAGUCAUACAUCUUUUCUCUACAACACAGGUGUUGAUUGGCAUUCUAAUCUUCGUAUGGAUCAGAGUGUGGUUACACAAGGAGAUCUUCCUCGGUUUGUGAUGGACUCUUACGAGGAGUGUCGCGGUCCUCCUCGUCUCUUCCUUCUUGACAAGUUUGAUGUUGCGGGCGCUGGUGCGUGUUUGAAGCGCUUCACAGAUCCGUCAUUCUUUAAAUUGGAAUCAACAUCAUCGACUGGUAGAAACUUAGAUCGGCAGAGGGAAAAGAAAUCUCGAAGAGUAAAGAAGAGAGGUCCACGCUGGAGAAAUGGAGAUACCCCAGAAUCGUUCCCGUCAUCACAUGCCAAACUGCAUCAGCUAUUUCUGGAAGAGCGUAUUGAGAGUGGUAUUAAUGAUCCUGUAAGUCGUGCAAAAUUGAAGAAGAGGCAAUUUACUGGAUCUCUAUUUGACCAAGAUCAAGAUAACGGGAGAAGUUACAUGGAAAAGUUUUUGGAUACUAGUUCACAGGAGCAAAAAGUUCUUCAUGAAAUAUGUAUAGACCCUCUAGCACUGACAUGGACUUCAGAUAAUGCAUGUGAAGCAAGUCCAGAUAUAGUGGAAAUCGGUACUAUUAGUCCUAUCAAGGAGUCAAUACAGACAGACAGAAGCUUAUGUUCCUUGCCUGACGCAAGGGAAACAUUGGUCAAACUGUCACUGGGAGAUUUUAAUCAGGACACAUUAAAUUUAACAAGUGACAAUAAGUUUGUGGAAGUGCCCAGAAUUAACCAUGAAAGCCGUGAUGGUAACGUGUCAAUAAAUCCAAAGUUGGUGAGUGGUGAAGAAAUUGCAGAUAGAGAAAGCAUGUCAGAAACGAGUGUUGGUGACGCUUGCGAUUUUGAUGACGGUGCUAGUGAGAUGGAUAAUUAUGUAGAUGCCCUUGCUAAUAUAGAGUCUGAAGUUGAGACAGAUUCUGAUAGUAAGAAAAAUUCACGAUAUUCAAAUCUGAAACCCAUUAUGGCCGAUUCUGAUGGAAGCGAAAGGCAGCGGGAGUUCAAUAGGGUAUCCUUGGAUUCACAAUCAUUUGGGAACUCCAUCACUUCUGAAGAUGGCGACCAUUUCUCAAAAGAGGCACGUUCUUCAUGCUCAAAUAGUGUGAACACUUUGAUGGAGACUACACCUGAUCUUGAUGCAGCAGCUGCAGAUGUUACUACUGUCGAAGCUUUUAACUCAGAUGCUGACAAUAUUUUAUUUGACCAUGAUCCAACAUCUGAAGCAGCUAUUAUUGUUCAUCCUGAAGUUCAUGACAUUCUGAAGAGUGAGCAAGAAUUUGGUGAAGCUUCAAAUACUUCAUCUCUUGCAGAUUUAAAUAAGGAAGUUCUUCCUGUAGAUAUAGAAGCUAGUCUGAAAGAAAAUCCAUUGCCGGACCUAGAACCAGAGGGUCUUACUGAUCAAACUGGUAUCUUACCAUCCCUUAGAAAAUUUUCUGACACUUUUGAGGAUAGUGGGAAUUUUUUUAGUGUCAAACCUUCAAUUCCUUAUAAGGAAUGUCAGAAUUCUAGUGUAUAUUCUGAUAUGCCACGUGGUCUGUCAAAUGUCUCUGAUUUCCAUGAUUCGGCUUGUCCAUUGGUUGCAAGGCAUGAUAAGAUUUCGGUAAGUCCAGGUGUGGAUGCUUGUUCAGACAGCGGACUGUCAGGUAAACAUUUACCAUAUCCAGAAAGAACGAAGUCCAUCUAUGUGACCCGUGAAGAAGAUUACUGUUUUCCGUCAACUGAAAAAAAUUCAAAAGAUUUAUUCUCUGCUCUAGAAUCCUUUGCGAGUUUUGAAACUCAAGAGCUGCUCCCUGGAACAACGAAAUCUGGUUGUACAUCUUCUCUUGGUUAUGCAGAGGCAAAUUUUCCGAGUUCUUGGGAAAGUCCUAUUUCGAAAGAUGAAGCAGCAGAACAUACUGAAGGUGCCUCUUUCAAAGCUGAUAUAGCUGUCGCAUCUUCCCGGGAUGAAUCCAGUAAAGAGAUUACUGGAUCUGCUGAUAAUAUCUUGAACGACUCUCUCAUGCUGGGAAAGCCAUCUUCCACCCUAGAUCCUCUGGAAACGCAAAAUGAAUGGCUGAAGAUUCCCUCAGAGGCAACUAAUACUACUCUACUGGGGCCUUGUCAAGAUGAAGCUUGUGAGCAAUAUUCCAGUAAUAAUACUGAAUGUUCUGUUUACGUUGGUGGGAAUCGAGGUAACACUGCUCCUCGUGUUGGUUUGUACGAAAGAGAGCCUGUCCAUCAAGAUUUUACAUCUAUAUAUCCAGAUCAAAUACAGGCCUUUGAGCCAGAUGCCCUCGUGAAUGGCCUUGAAUCUCAAGCAGCAACCAUUCACGGUGUGGCCAGUGUCGAUUGUGCUCCCAUUGACCAACAGGGCAACGAAGACGAGAUCUUUUCUCACGAUGCAUCUCCUCUUAACAUACCCUAUAAACAUACUAAUGAUUCAGAUUUUGUAUUAGUAGCUGAGAAUGGGUUAAAUUCGGAUCAUGAUGUAGAAAAGGUGGAGCGUAUAGUAACUGGUGCUGACGGUCCUAGACAGGCUGAUGCCAAAGAUGAUUAUCAGCAAAAUGGGGUUAUUAUGUUAUCAUCUUUAUCACUACAUCCUGAGAAGCUCCACGAACCCCCUCUUUUAGUCACUGAGCAAUUCUAUCAAGACGAGGAGUUGACCAAGGGGUAUAGAAGAGCUUUAACUGAACAAAGGCAAAUAAAUCAUGUUCGAGAUGCUUCAUCUGCCAACAUGUGCAAUAUGUCAUCUGAUGGUUCUUCCUCCUUGAUAUUACUUGAUGAUUCAUUGCCUGAAGAUGUCAAGAAUAAUAGGAAAUUAGCUGCAGAAGCAGAAGACGUAGAUCCACUUAGCCAUGAUCUCUUAGAACCCCAAUAUGUUGAGAGAAGUGCAGGUGUGGCUGACGAUGACCAACCUACAGUAUCAAAAACUUCACUGCAAUCAGCUGAGCACACACUGGAGACUUCCAAUGUGGAGUUCCAUGGCAAUGGCAUGCUUAGUGGUGGUAAUCAAUUCAUCCAGUUGGAGAACUCAUGCCAGCCUCUCUGUCAACAGUUACCUGAUCUUGGAAUACGUCCAGCUGAACCUCGAAUCAACCUAGAGCCACCUUCUCUUCCUCCUUUGCCUCCUAUGCAAUGGAGACUGGGCAGGUUCCAAAAUUCUGCUGCUGUUCCAGCAGGGAGGCAAAUGGUGCAACAUACACGUGUUCCAGUUCAAGUCCAACCAAUGAGCCUGCCAACUAUGCACCAUACCCUAGCUCCAGUACAGUCAAUGAGCCUACCCGCAGUGCACCAUACAAUUGCUUCUUUACAACCAGUGACCAUUGUAGCAGGCAAUAAUACACUUGCUCCACUCCCACCGACAAUCCUGCCAAUGGCUCCACCAGAAGUGCACUAUACGUUUGGUCCUCUCCAACCGGUGACCGUACCAACUAGCAAUUAUGGAACUGAGACUAUUGCUCGGACACUCUCAAGUGAGGGACAGCUAGGGUAUUCAGAUGGUUAUGUAGCGCAGCAAGGAGUCUUCACCCUGCCGAUGCCAGUUGGAGCUUCCGAAGGUUUAUUCCAGAUUAAUACUAGUGCCGUUGGAAGACAAGACAAUCUACCGUCCAAAGUCCCAUUAAUGUCCACAAAUUUGGAUGCUAAUGUGACACAGCAAGGAAUAUUUAUGCCGUCAAAUUCGGUUAUGGUUUCUGAAGAUUCUUCCCAGACAAGAACAAGUGAAAACGGAAGACAGGCCCAUGUACCUUUUACGGUCUCUCCAGCCUCAACGUCACCGAAAGGCACUUUGAGUACUGAAGAAUCCUUGCAGCCUAAUGUGGAUCCCCUUGAAUCCGGAUCAUUGGUUGAAGGUCACUUGUUUGAGCAUACAUCAACAGUGGAGGCAAAAGUGAAGACUGAAACUUUUAUUCAAAAUGAGCCACUACGACAUGAUAACCAAGUGUUCGCAGAGGAAGUAGUGAAUUCUAACAUUCAGUCCGUCCUUUCAUCCGCGGAGGAUCUGGCACCCCCAGGUUUGGUGGCACUUGAGGCAUAUGAUGGGAUUCCAACUUAUGCAGAUGGCGAUACAAAUGAAACUCUCCAGAAGAAGCCUCCAAGACCUAGAAACCCUCUCAUUGUUGAGGUUGUUGCUAUUGACAAAAGCAAGUUGAGAAAGGUAGAGAGGACAAAGUCGCCAUUGAAGUCAAAAACGGAAGGAGGAGAGUCUCUACUCGAACAAAGGCAGUUGAGAAAGGUAGAAAGGGUCAAGCCAUCAGCGGAAUCAAAGGUGGAAGGAGGAGAAUAUUUACUGGAACAGUUGCAGCUGAGAAAGGUGGGAGAAAGGGUAAAACCUCCAGUUGAACAAAAAGCUGAAGAGGAGUUUUUGGAACAGUUACAGUUAAGAAAAGUUGGAGAAAGGGUUAAACCACCAGUUGAGCAAAAAUCUGAAGAGAGAGAAUUUUUACUUGAACAGUUGCAGCUAAGAAAGGUUGGGGAAAAGACUCAACAAGAGGUUGAGCCAAAAGUCGAAGAAAGUGAAUCACCACUGGCGCAUUUGAGGAAGGUCAGGGAAAGAGUCAGAGAGGAGCUUGAACUGAAAGCUGAAGAAACAGAAUCUCCACGGAUGCAGCUGAGAAAGGUAACCGAAAGGGCACAUCCUCCAGCUGUACAAAAAGCAGAAGAGAGAGACUCACUAUUUGAACAGAUUAGAAAUAAGUCAUUCAACCUGAAACCAGCUGUUGCUGCUAGACCAAACAUUCAAGGUCCGAGAACAAAUUUGAAGGUUGCUGCCAUUUUGGAAAAAGCAAGCACUAUUCGUCAGGCAAUGGCUGGAAGUGAUGAAGAGGAUGAUGCAGAUAGUUGGAGUGAUAAUUGAUACAACCUAAACUCACUUGCCAUUGUCUACCUGUUUAGUACCAAGUACAUAGAUUCAAGGGUGAUUGUAGUUUGUCCCAUUACCCUGCAUAGAUAUGUGUAUAGUGAUUUGAUUAUUUUUUUUCCUCUGCCAUCGAAUCGAAACAUUAUCAUAUACAUACAUGACCAGCCUGAGGUUCUGCGCGCAAGCGCAUCCGCCAGUCUGUCCCUUUGCACAAUUCAAUGUUCAUAUUACUUUGUAUCAAUAUUUCAAAUUUUGAUAGUAGGAGUCUGCCAUCGGAUUGAUGUAUAUCCAUGUUUAUUUUUGUCCAACAUUUUGGGUUCAUGUAUGGAGACUCGUCUUCAUUUUCUCUCUU